CGCGGCAAUUGUUACAUUGAAUGUUUCUGUAGUAUCAUUGGAAAUAUUUGAUUUCAAUGUUUUGUGUGUGGUACUCGUAUCUAUUUUUAAAUGAAGAGAAAGGUUGACCGCUGAUUUAGAAGGUAAAAGCGUUAACGGUGCUUCUGACUGGCUAAAUGUCUUUAAUAUCUGUGUUCCUGAAACCUGUUUCUCAGAAAAGCUUGUCAGCGUUGCUUCUAGGAAGCAAAGAUGUGAAAACUUUCUAUUGAACGGUUGGACUAUAACAUAAAAGAUGUAUAAAUAGAAGAAAGUUAAAUAAGAAUAGUAGCGCGCGAAAGAAACUUCUAUUUAAUGGCUUUUUUUUCUGAUCAUAUGGAGAGAUAUGGUAAUACUUUUUAAAACUUGUGUCUAACAAUAUCAGAUCAAUAAUGCACUGUCGGUUACUAGUACAUUCAGUAACUAUAAACACCAAAUUUAUAUUAAAAUUUGAUCAACUACAAUUUCACCCCAAAAGUUUACAGCUACUGACAAAUCCUCUGAAAACCACAAAAAUCCUCGUAUAUAAGCUUUAUAUUUCAAACUUCCUUAGGACUCGUUCGUUUUCGGAAAACUCGCAGUUUCCGUGAUAAAGAUGUAUACAAAGUAAAGAGUAGUUAGAAGGAAGUGUCGGAAUAUUAUUGUCCAAUGUCUCUUAUUCGAAUAAGAAACGAUAUCACUGUGAUACGAACAUGAGUUAUGAGUCAAGAUUUACGUGGUCUCAAAAUCAGAAGAUCUGAGAUCGUUGAUCCUUCUGUUAUGUGUAAGAUGUUUGAGCGUUCAAUUUCUAAUUUUUUGUUCUUUGGUCUAUACUCCGUUUGUAAAUAAAUAAUUUGGUUUCAUGUGUAUUUUUUUGCUUACUGUUUAUUAUUUUGUUCAUCAUACUUCGGUUUUAGACAAAUUUAACUACAAUACCAAAAAAUGGGUGACAAAAGUAGUAAAUUGCCAAAUUCAAAUUCAGCUGAACUUACACAAAAACAACUUAAUCUAUUAAGAACAAAUACAAAAUAUACAGAAAAAGGUAGUUGAUAUGAAAUGUGUCAUCGAAAGUUAAAAAGAACAUUAUAAACUUUAAAAGUUUUCCUUUGUCUCUAACGUUAACGUAAUACAAUAUUUUUCUCUAUUUGAGCUUCCUAGCCAUCAGUAAAUAGAGAUUAUAGCUUUAAGUAGGAUAACUUCUACUACAGUCAAAAUAUUGAUUCGAUUAUAUGAGACAGGUUCAAAGAUAUGAGUCAUUUGCAACUUUAUUGUAAAAUUGGUGAAAAAUAAUAAAAAUGACUUUAAACAAAAUUUGAUUAGCACAUCUUGUUCUCCGUUGUUUCCUGAGUCUAGAACCCAAAUUUCCCGACUACCACACACUACUUAGGUAUGUUCUAGAGCCUUGCAAAUUGCACCACUUGUACAACUUUUGACACUCUUUCGUGUGGGUCAACGCUGUUGCAGUCAGGCAAAUCCUUGUAAAACAGCGGAUGUCAAAAGUUGGAAAAUCUCGAUCUACAAAGUGAAUGUAAAACUCUGUUUUCCAUUUUUUCGCCCGGUAAGAAAGACAUUUAACAAAGCAUUUUUACUCAGUUAGAUGCAGCCGCCCUUGCUCUUUCUUAUGGACAUCUUACAUUUCCAAAAAAAACGUUUUCUCAAGUGCCCAGUUUUAUUUUGAUCUCGAUCUACAAGUUAUCUGUAAACAAUUUUCGCCAUAGACGAGCAUAAACAAAAGAACAAAACAAACCUGAAGGCACACAGUUUGAUAGAGCAUUAAAUGCUUUACAAAACGUACUAUUUGCUUUUUGCUUUUCGUUCCUUCUUUUGUUAGAAAAACUUACUUUUCUCUCAAUAACUCAUCUAAAAAACACGUUUUUUUCGACUUUUGCUGGGUUUAUCUCGGUGAGUUGUUGAGAUAUCGAGCUUAGAUUUUCUGUGGUAGUGAAGCAAGCAAACAGCGAUAAAACAAAAAAAAGAAUUUCGAAAUCCGUUUUCAGAAACCGGAGUAAUUUUAAAAAUACGACAAAAACUCAAUUGUACAAUAAAGUUGCAAAUGACUCAUAUACACGAUAGCUGUUUGUUCAGCCAUGGUCGUACUCUACUAUGCAAGGUAGGGUAGAAGCAGGACACCCUACGCUAGAGAUGUGCACGGGUACCAUUUUCGUACCCGUACCCGACUUAUACCUGAAAAUUUUCCCCAAACUUUUGUUUUUCGGCUGAAGAUGUCAAAUUAUCAUUACGUUCUCAAGUAAUUAUUUUUUAAACCUUCAUGUAUUUUAGCUAAACUCCAGUAUUUUUUCACUAAAAUUUUGUGGGUUUUCUACUAAAACCUUCCGGUUUUCGGGUAAAUUAAAGAAAAAUAGAACCCGUACCCGACAACUCACCCAACCUUUGAGUCGGUACGGGUUGCAUAUCUCUACCCUACGCACACCUCUAGACAGGUUACUGUUUGAAGCCUGACAUUUAUUUCUGAGUAUUUCGUUUUAGAAAUUAUUGAUUGGCAUACAAAAUUUAUUCAUGAUUAUCCGUCUGGUAAAUUGAAUAAAAAAAUGUUUGUCGAUGUGUACCAACAAUUUUAUCCUAAUGGAAAAGCGGACACAUUUUGCAAACAUGCUUUUCAAAUAUAUGAUACUGAUCAUAAUGGUACGAUUGACUUUAACGAAUUUUUAUUUGCAGUUGCUGUAAGCAAUCAAGGUGAUGUUAAUAAUAGAUUAGCCGUGGCAUUUGAUAUGUUAGAUGUUUCAGAUGAUGGUCAAAUUGAUGCUAAAGAAUUAUCAAAUAUGAUCUCAGCUAUGUAUGAUUUAACAGGCGAAAAAAAUCGUAAAGGUGAUAUGGAUCCUAAAAAACGUGCUCAAGAAAUUAUUAAAGAAUUAGAUAUUGGUAAUGAUAAAAAAAUCUCUAAAGCCGAAUUUAUUGCUGGUUGUAAACAAGAUCCAGUUCUCCAAAAACUAUUGGCACCAAAUGUUUAG